UCGAUAUAAUUAUGCAAAUGGAAUCAAAACAGUGGAUUGCAGUGUAACUUGAAAUGCUCAUUUCAGAAAGAAAAUGUAACAAAGAAUUUUGAUUGUUGUCUUCUACAGCUGCAAUACUUAGUGAUAUUAAUUGAAUUAACCUUAUUUCUAUUUCCCUUGUAUGAGUCUCGGUCCUCAAAAUGUCGCCUCGUAAACAGCCAUGUAGUUUAUUCAAGUUGUGCAUCAAAAGCUGCGUCAAUUUAAUUAAUUCUGCUUGCUAUGUUAUUGAGAAAAGUUAUCCAGAGAAUAUGUUUGACGAAUAUGAGAGUCAUUUCUUGGAUUUGAAGUGCCAUCUGAUGUCAAUGCUGCCAGUCAGGUUAUUUGAUGUCCUCUGUUCGGAAAGAACAUGCUGCCAAUACCGAGGAGACCCUCGAGUCCAGCUCCAUGUCCUCACGCAUCCCAACAUGACCGUCUUCCGCAAAUGCGACCUUGACAACGGCAUACCACAACAUUUCUGGAUCGAGACCUUGUCUAACUUCAGCCGUUUAGUUGUCUUAGAUCUCAAAUUCAUCUGUACCGAUGAAAUACUCCAAGUUAUCGGCGUUAGCUGUCCCCUACUCGAAGAAAUCAACAUUGUCUCUAGAGUAGACAUCUGUAAAUAUCUCUUCAACGCUUCUGUUCUAGUUAGAAAUGUCUCCGAUGCUGGUCUUUGUUCUAUUGCACAUUUGAAACAUCUACGAGUUCUGGCUAUGGACCCGCCGCGGAAUGAGAGAGCAAAUCGCGUCGGUCGCUGUGUAUCUCAAGCUGGCAUCAUAAUGUUAAUCAGCGAGCUUCCAUUUUUAGAGGAGUUGAGGAUAGAGUCGUGUGAUAUUGGGUCGACGUUGAUAGGUACCGUCAUGGACAUUGGACCUUUGAGUCUCAGGAAAAUUAACAGCCAUUUUGCUUCGGCAGAUGGCAUCAGAAAGCUUAUAAAAAUUUGCCCAUUUUUAAGGGAAUUAUCAGUCACACAUCUGUCAGAACACAACAAAGAUGCAAUAUUGGAUCAGAUAUCAUUGAGUGAUUUACGGCUAAACAGGUUGGAUUUAUCAUUCUUCUCCUAUACGGAUUCAAUGCAGCGACUUUUAAGUAUAAAAGGCAACUAUUUAACUCACUUCUCUCUUUGGGAGAUUGACCAUUCAUUGACAUUGGAUGCCGUGUUAUCCAUAGGACAGUUUUGUCCUAAUAUAAGUACCUUGUGUCUUAUGACUCAGUCAAAGUGUCUUGCUAUACCUAGGUAUUUCAAGCGACCAGAAAAAAUAUUCUCUAAGCUCAAAAGUUUAACAAUAGGGAAUGAGAAUUUUAACAUAGAUCAAAUACUGACAUUCUUUCUCGAUUGUACUCAGAACUUAGAGAAACUGGUCUUGAAGUAUCAGACGAUUACUAAUUUAGAUUCUACGUUAAUGCAUUUGUUAGAGAAAGGUAGUUUCAAGAACAUAAAUUUUCUAUGGUUGGACUGCACUCUGGAGGUGUCCAAAGAGGUUGUGAAACAUGUGAUUCACACAUGCGAAAAGUUACAGAUGUUCACCGUGGACUUUACGGAAGAAAUGACAGAUGUAAUUAAAUAUAUUAAUGAGAAUAAUUUGGAUUUGAAGCUAGGUAGCUAUUAGCAUUCACUGUUUGUAUAUUUCAAUGUAAAAUAAUUUAGAAAUAAAUAUUUUAUUAUUUUUUACUCAACGGUUGUGUCAUUUUUCACCUUUAGAAAUAAAAAGACUAAGUUUUGUAUAGAAAUAUAAUUUUACUUAACUUAUUAAUGAAUAUUUACAUCUGUGAUUAAAGCAAUAAGUUACAUAUUAUUAUUUUAAACAUAAUCAUUGAAUUUAUGUAUAAAAAAUGAUUGUCAUUAUUGAUUUAAUAGUAAAGUUUCGUUCAUAGGAAUAAAGCAGCUUCUCAGCAGCAUCAGUAAUUUUAAUAAACAAUUAUAUACACAAAUGAUAGGCAUUUUUAAUUGAUCAAUAUCAUAAGAACACAUUAUUCAAUAAUACAUAAAACAUUUACAGUUGCUAAUUGUUGCCUAAAGCUAAAUGCACUUACAUAAAAUCGUAACUUACACUAGGCUUGCACGUUGUUUUUAAUAGGAAGAAGACUUCUUUAUAAUUAAGUAGACUGUAGGUAAUGCAGUUUAACUCUAGGACAUUUUAUCCAAUGAAAAAAAUUGAAUAUAAAGUGUACCUAGUCCCUAAUCCCAAACAUUUGAUACAUUUGCAGAAAUGCAAACAACUUAAUAUUAUUUCUAUUUGCACUACAAGACUAUAAUUUAUUAUGAUUCUUAUGGUGCGUCCACACUGGGCGAACGGGCUCGCGCGGCAAACUCGACAACCUGGCUCACUCAAAAGCAGGGUGAGCAGGAUGACCAGCGAGCCCGUUCGCCCAAUGUGGACGCACCAUAAUAAUAACAAACUUGACGCGAAAAGGGACAACACGUUUUACAGGUCACAGAUGGACACAGUUAAUUACGCUUACAAGAAGUCAGUACUGACACGCGUGUGUAAACGCAGCCUUAUAAUGUUACAAUUAUGCCCGUUUUCACCAUCAAUCUCUAAUUUUUAAGUGACCUCUAUGGCAGGGUUUCCCAAUUUUUU